AUGCUAAAGGUUUCCCCAUGGAAGGGCGUUAUCCGAUUCAUAAAGAGAGGGAAACUAAGCCCGAGGUUUAUCGGGCCAUUUAAAAUUAUUGAACGGGUUGGCAAGGUAGCUUAUCGCCUUGAGUUACCGGAAGAAUUGAGCGGAAUUCAUGGCACGUUUCAUGUGUCACAACUCCGUAAGUGCUUAGCUGAGGAAACGACUUAUAUCUACUACGAUGAUAUCGAAGUGGACAAUAGCGUUAAUUAUACGGUAAGACCAAUUGAGAUUCUAGAUCGAAUGAUUAAAGAUUUAAGGAAUAAGAAGAUUAAUCAAGUUAAGGUCAAGUGGAGCAAAGAAAGGGCUCGGACACAACAUGGGAGUCCGAAGAAGAGCUGUGGUGUCCCUACCUGA